UUUGUGACAAAGCUGAUCAGUCUUGCUGUAGACAAGACAGGGGUCAUGUACAUUGUGUUGGACCAUCUGUGUAACCAGAUUCUUCAGAAUGAUCCAGACAGGAGGAUCGCCACCAGGCUCAUCCCUCUGCUGGUGGAAGGCUGCUACAUGGGGUCAAUCCACAAAAGAGGCGAACGUUUGUGGCUUGAUGUUUGUUCUUAUAUUGAAAGCCUUGGAGACAUCUGUAGUGUUAAUCAGGUUACAUCAUGUUUUGCCAAAAAUGACUUGUACACCCGUGUCACUGUUCUCAACUGGCUGUUACAUCUACGGCCCGAUGUCACAGUUGACCAGGAGUUUGUGUCCGCCUUCCUGCAAGCUCUUACAAACAAAUACCUGGCUCUGGCAAUUCAGACCAGCAACAAGCAGUUCGCCAACUCACUGGCACACAGGCAGAAACAUCGAAUGGUUCUGGUGCUCCUUUUGUUGGUGGAUUUUAUUAAAAUGAGUCAACAUGGAGAGUAUCUUUCUCUGCUUUGGCAUGCCCUUGAAGCAGAAUCUCAUCCAUCCGUUCGUCAGAUGCUGGAAUGGCUUGUGAUGAUACUCAUUAUCCACAAUCCACAGUUUGCAGCCAGCAUCUGGGAGGUGUUAAAAUUGUUUGAUAACAAGCGCAGUGUGUGUCUGUGUUCCAUCUUUCUCAUUAUAUCUCAUGUAGGCAUGACAUUUGCUCCAGAGUUACAGGAGAAUUAUUAUACCCAAGCACUGUCGUCAGUGUUACCAUGGACAAUGGCACACCACUACAACACCAGGAUGUUUGCUCAAGCCACAUUGACACGUUUGUGGCAUCAGUGCCAGCAGUUGGGAUUGAACUGUGUCAUCACCCAGCAUGCCAUGGUGCAACCUGUCCUGAACUUCUUGUUCAACAAUGGAAAUGCAAGCGCCACUGUAUCAAAACUGCUGAACUACUUCAUGUAUAACCCAUUUGAUCCUGUCAAGGAUUACAGUAUAGAGACCAUCUGUCAUACACUGCCCCGCCUGGCCUGUUUAGCAGACGAUGAGUGGAUCCUGCCAAGACAGUUUAUUCAGAUGGAUCCCUCAUGGCAAGAGACAGUGAAGCAACUGGUACCUCUCUGGAAUGCCUCAAAACAACUGGCUUUGUGUAAAGAGGGACCGUGGAGAAUGAAAGCAUCAGGUGACUUUGAAGAAGACCCAACUACCAGUGAUACAGCAGGUAAAGAUGUGCAGAAGAAAAUCAUGCCAUGGCGACAGAUGACACCCAGCGAAGAGACUGAGGCAGAACUGGUGUCGCAACGGCUGAGGCGACCUGAUGAUGGACUCAUCCUGGUAACCUCUUUGAUUGACAAGGUUCCAAACCUGGGAGGUCUGUGUCGGACAAGUGAGAUUUUUGGGGUCUCUGAGUUUGUGAUUGGCAGUCUCUCCUAUCUGGAGGAUAAAAUGUUUCAGAACCUUAGUGUCUCAGCUCAGAAGUGGAUCAAGAUCACAGAGGUUCUGCAGUUGCGGUUGCCAGAAUUCUUGGAAGAGAAACGAAUGCAGGGUUAUACAUUAGUUGGAGUGGAACAGACUGCUAACAGUGUCAGCCUUCAGGAUUACCAGUUUCCCAAAAAGACUCUGCUUCUGCUGGGAAACGAGAAAGAAGGAAUCCCUGUGGAGUUAAUCCAGCUACUGGAUGUUUGUGUGGAGAUCCCUCAACUGGGAGUCAUCCGUUCCCUUAAUGUACAUGUCUGUGGGGCACUGCUCAUCUGGGAGUACACUCGGCAGCACAUGAGAAACACUGGUGUUACAGCAACCAGUACAGCAGCUCUUACAGGCUGA